CAGCCUCCACGGUCGGUCGCGAAUAUAUCGCGCGGAAAAGUCUUUCUCUUGCUCAUUCUCAGUUCAGACCUUGACCGGAGCAGCCGGAACAGUAUCAGCUUAGCAGUGAUUUUCAGAAGCGAAAAGACCGAAUACGUCGCGACGGUUGGAAAAAAAAGUUCGUGCUCGCGUAUUGUGUGGUGGGUUCGUCGCUUGGAGGUCGUCGAAGUCUCUUGAUAUACUUAGAACAAAACAGCAUCAAGUGUGCAAAAUGACCGUAUCGCAUCGCGGGUUAAUGCCUAACAAGUGAAAGAAUGUUAGCUGAAGAGCUACCUGUUUUUUUUUUCGCUUAAUUUUGCGUGACUAGCAUAAACCUGUGCGAAGACUCUAUAUUUGGUGUGAAGAAUCCAACGAAUAGGAAAGAUACAGAAACUAGGUGCAACAGGAGUUGAAGCAAAAAAAAAAGAAUAGUGUUGAACUCAAUCGCCGUAGCGGAUUGACCGCUCAUCGUAUAGAACUAAUAUCAGCGAGAAGUCCAGCCAACAGUAGCAAGCCAGCAAAUCGAAGAAGGAAAUUGGAUUAGCUUGCUGGGGUUGCUGGGGCUUAUCGAACGUGCGAGCGCGCGCGUGGGCUAACCGAGCGAGUGCUGAAGAGGCAACAAUAAGAGAAGAAAAGUUCGAUCGUAAAACAAGCUUCCCACAUAAAAAAGAGGUGUAAUUCAAAUACAAUAUCUACGGUUGCUGCAGCAGUGCGGAAAACAGGAUAAACACACCUGAGUGAGAGUGGUGAACGGCUUACGGACGACGACGACGGGCUGCUGGAUCAGAAGGGAAUUAAGAUAUUUACUAAUCAUCAAGAUCUACAGAACCUACCAUCCGUACAGUAGUGCAAUGGACCGAUCGAGAACGCCUAGAAGCGCAGGGAAAAUGGUAAUUUUCCUGGUGUUGCCGACUUUAAUCUUGCUACUGGAUGCUGUGAGCAUAGGGCAAGCCGCCGCUUCGACGAAAUCGAACAAAUUGGACAAAAAAGAUGCCGCAGGUGGUGGUGGGAGACCGUCUCUGACCACCUACGAUCAGCGGCAAACAGGAAAGUACAACAUCCACGUCAACAUCAAAGAUGUGAAAAUCAUCUCCGUCGAUGGCGAGAAGUUCGAAGGCGAAUUUGGGGAUGACACAAUUUAUGACUACGGUGACUACGAUUACGAUCCGGCCCAUCUGACCGUUAGCCCACUUCCGAUUUUUGGCGGUCCCACGACCUCGAAACCUCCGAAGUCAACCACCAAAACGCCAGUCGCAAUCACUUCCUCGAGACGCACGACGACAACUACUACCGUGGCACCCGCGGAAGAGCCACCGAAGAGACCGGCCAAUAAUGACCCAAUUAAAAUCGAUGCCAGUCCCAUUAAAGAUGAUAACCCCUCUCAUAUCAUGUCGGCACCGGGAACCACCACGCCACCAUCGAGCAAUAUCUACAUCUUCAAGCCCACCCCCAAUUAUCAUCCGAGCCCGGUCCAUUACGAUUACCAGGAAAUUCCAGUCGAGGUCAUCGUCGAACCAGUGCUCAAGCCAAAGUACCGAAAUUCCAACUCCCGCAUCAUGGCCAAUAGGCGCAAUCGCAACCGCAAAAAUCCCAUGGGAGGUGCUGGCCCGGAUAUGGCUCGUCACGGGCACUCGGACAUCGAAGCGCUACCAAGUGAACCAGUCGGCAAUUCUGAACCGCUUGCGGCCACGCCCUGCGCCAGAGGAGAGUUCCGAGAUAAGUCGGGGAAAUGUCGCAUGCGAAGAUCCGGAAUAUACAGGCUACUUAAUCUUCUGGCUGCCUUCAAAGAGAAGAAUGACUGAUUGGCUGAUCGUGCUAAUGACAAUGGACUGCUAUCGUAAUGGUGAUUGUAGAUUGAUUCAAUCUACUUCGAGAUCUUUGAUGAUGGACUACUAGUAAUAGCGAACUGCAUUUUCUUAAGGUUAACUACACACGUCGGAUAAUUGUAAGGUAAACGAAAGACAGUUAAUAAUAUUUAUUAAACGAG